CACUGUUAUGACAUGUUUUACAUGGUGUGUGACUUGUUUGUGGCUUGAACGAGUGAAGUGGCGAUUUUGUCUCUCUGCCAUGACAACGCAACCAUGCAUUGCAUUGCACUUCAUCUUUCUCUUCCUAUCCAUAUCAGUUCUGGAUGAAGCUUAUGAUUCUGGGCCAGCUUUGUUGUAGAAUAUUGUGAAGGUUUUAUAUUUAGGGUUAUUGGUAAAGGGAUUCAGUGAGUUGAAAUGAGUGUAGUAGGGUUUGACAUUGGUAAUGAGAAUUGUGUCAUUGCUGUAGCGAAGCAAGGUGGGGUUGAUGUUUUGCUGAAUAAUGAAUCGAACCGUGAAACCCCUGCUGUCGUCUGCUUCGGAGAGAAGCAACGAUUUUUAGGGUCUGCUGGUGCUGCCUCUGCUAUGAUGCACCCGAAAUCGAUAGUAUCUCAAGUCAAGAGACUAAUAGGAAGGAGAUUUGAUGACCCUGAUGUUCAAAAUGACCUAAAAAUGUUUCCUUUCGAGACUUUUGAAGGUUCAGAUGGUGGCAUUUUGAUUCACUUGGAAUACUUGAAUGAGACUCAUAAGUUUACACCGGUUCAAAUAUUAGGAAUGCUCUUUGCUCACUUGAAGACUAUAGCUGAAAAUGAUUUGGGGUCUGCUGUUUCGGAUUGUGUUAUUGGAGUUCCAUCAUACUUUACUGACUUGCAGAGACGAGCGUAUCUCGAUGCGGCAACAAUUGUUGGGUUGAAGCCUUUGAUGUUAAUUCAUGAUUGCACUGCAACUGGUCUUGGAUAUGGUGUUUACAAAACAGAUUUUCCUCAAGGAGAUCCUAUUUAUGUUGCAUUUGUUGAUAUAGGGCACUGUGAUACUCAGGUUUCUAUUGCAGCAUUUGAAGCUGGGAAAAUGAAGAUGCUUUCACAUGCUUUUGACAGAAACUUAGGGGGUAGAGACUUUGAUGAGGUUCUAUUUAGACAUUUUGCAGCAAAGUUUAAGGAACAGUACGAAAUUGAUGUGUAUUCUAAUGCCAGAGCGUGCAAUAGGCUGUGUGCCGCGUGUGAGAAGUUGAAGAAAGUUCUGAGUGCAAACUUAGAGGCACCUCUGAACAUUGAGUGUUUGAUGGAUGAAAAAGAUGUUAGUGGAUUUAUCAAGAGGGAAGAAUUUGAGAAUCUUGCAUCAGGAUUAUUGGAUAGAAUUUGUAUUCCUUGCCACAAAGCAUUGGCGGACGCGGGCUUGACUGUUGAUAAGAUUUAUUCGGUUGAGUUAGUUGGUUCAGGUUCAAGAAUUCCAUCUAUAACUGGAUUAUUAACCUCUCUAUUUAAGAGAGAACUCAGCCGAACACUGAAUGCAAGUGAGUGUGUAGCUCGUGGUUGUGCUCUUCAGUGUGCAAUGCUCAGUCCUGUUUUUCAUGUCAAAGAAUAUGAGGUCCAGGAUUCUAUUCCUUUUUCUAUUGGACUUUCCUCGGACGAAGGUCCAAUUUGUGAAGAAACAAAUGGUGUACUUUUCCCAAAAGGCCAACCCAUUCCUAGUUCUAAAGCUCUUACACUUCAGGGCAGUGAUUUGCUCCAUUUGGAAGCAUUCUAUGCUAAUCCAGAUGAAGUACCAAAGGGGACGUCUCCGAAAAUUAGUUGCUUCACGAUUGGUCCUUUUCAAAGAUCCGGUGAAAGUAAGGCGGUAGUUGAAGUUAGAAUUGACCUAAAUUUGCAUGGUAUUGUCAGUAUUGAAUCAUCUACAUUGAUCGAAGAUCGUGUGGAAGAUUCUGUUACACCGCGUGAGUAUCAAUCCAAUUCUGAAGCAGGAGAUGUUGAACCCAUUUCUGAGACGGAACAAAAUGACAAUGAACAUAGUAUCAAUGAGAAGUGUGGAUCUCCACAUCGUUCUUCUGAUGGUACAAGAAAAGAUAAGGCCAACAUAAGGGUUCAUAUACCAGUGAGUGAGAACGUCUAUGGUGGAAUGACCAAGGCUGAAGUCACGGAAGCUCAAGAAAAAGAACGCCAAUUAAUGCAGCAGGAUAUAACAAUGGAGUUAACAAAAGACAAGAGGAACUCUUUGGAGUCUUACGUAUACGACGUGAGGAAUAAGCUCUUAAACGAAUACCGAAAAUUCGCAAGUGAACAAGAGAAGGAUGGCAUAUCCAGGAGCCUGCUAGAGACUGAGGAAUGGCUUUACAGUGAACGUGAUGAUGAAACAGUACAUGCUUAUUUUGCAAAACUAGAAGAUCUAAAACAGCUGGUGGAUCCAAUCGAGAACCGGUACAAAGAUGAAGAAGAAAGAGUGCAAGCUACCAGAGAUUUGUUAGGUUGCAUUGUCGAGCAUCGCAUGUCUGCGGGUUCUCUUCCACAAGAAAAUAAAGAACUGAUAAUCGAUGAGUGCAAUAAAGCAGAACAAUGGCUAAGACAAAAGACGCAACAACAAGAUGCUUUGCCUAGGAGCUCUGAUCCAGUAUUUUGGUCAAGAGAUAUCAAUAGCAAGACACAAGAUUUGAACUUAGUAUGCCAAAGCAUAUUGAGCACCGAGGGUUCUUCAUUUCCAGAAGAAGACGUAGGGGAAGACAAACAGAAUACUUCUGAGCAUCAAUGAAGUCAGUGAUGAUGGUGAUACUCUGUGAACAGAAGAUCUAAAUUUUCAUUAGCUGUUUAACUUCACACAAAUGUAUAUUUUUUUUCGGAUUAAUAGACUUUUACCUCCUGUAAUAUAGGGCACUUUUGAUUUUGCCCCUGUAAAAAAAAAUUAGAUUCCGUCCUUGUAAAAUAAAGAUUCUUCAGGAUUGCCCCCGAGCUCUUUGAGUCAGCAGAAUCUCGAAAAAGAAAUCUAAAUGUUUUUUAAUUUUUGAA